UUAUUAAAAUUUUAAUUUCUCUGCUAUGGAUGAUAUUUACACAAAUUUAGAAAACUAUGAUGACUUCAACAAACUUGAAGAGCUCCAAAAUGAAAACAAAACACUGAAGUUUAAAAUUGAAGAAUAUACAUCGGCUAUAAAUAAACUCCAAAAAAAUAUCUUGCAGGAUUUUGAUAUGUUAGCUGUGGAACAUAAAAAACUGGAGUUGAAUUAUUCAUCAUUACUUAAAACUGCUAAAGCAGAGAUUGAGAGAAAAACAUUAAUGAUAAAGGAGCUAAAUUUAGAGAAAGAUAAAUUAAUAAUAAAUGCAAGACAGAAUAAUAUUAAAAGUAAAUUCAAUAGGUUUCAAAAUGAUAGAUUUAAUUCUAAAAGCAAUAAAAGCUCUGAUACAAGCAGUAUACAGGAUCAACCGCAGACACAUGCUAACAGCCAAGUUGUACUCAAUGAAUUUAAAAACAAUAAUUCUUCACCAUUAGACACAACAUCAACUUGCAGUGGGGAUACGAGAGACUUAAGUGAUGCCCUUCGUUUAUCCAACAAAAGUAUCAAAAAUGAUACUACAUGUCUUACUAAAGAAAAUUCAGUACAGAUGUCAAAUAAACUUCCUAACAAAGAAACCGAGACCAAAGUUAAAAAAAUUAUGAAUAGAAGAAAAUCUAUGCCAGUGUCAAGUUGUCGAGUUGUAAAUUACAGUACAGAUGAUGAACGUGAAAGUAGUGUAACAACAAAAUCAAACAACACCCAACAUCAAACACAAGAUGAGAGAAAAUUGUCAACGGAUAGAUAUUACCAAAACUAUAAAACAUAUGACACAUCGAGUUUUGAGAAUAAGUACGCACAACAACAGGAACAUAUAAGUUCUAGAAAUAAAUCGUAUUAUUACAAUGAUAGUUAUUAUAGGAACAGGGAUAGUUAUGAUUCUUCACAGAGACGUCGCUGGAAUAUUAGUCCAGACAGAUCAAAUCGAAGUGGAAGAGAUUAUGCAGACUAUUACUAUCAAACGUAUAAACGUAGAGGUUAUGACAGUCCCCCACGAGAUAAAUCAUAUCAUCAAAGUAGAUCAAGCGAUCGCAAAUAUAACUAUCAAAGAUCUCGCUCAAGAGACUAUUCAAGAAGUAACAAUGAUAAUGAAAGAUAUGCUGAGAAACAUAAACUACAAGAUGAAAUAGAAGAAUCAAGUUUCAAGCGACAAAAAUAUGAUCAUUCAUAUAGAUAUAGUGAGGAUGAAGGAAGACAAAGAGACACCAGUAGUAGCAAAUCAGCAUUUCCUAUGUUACUUGAAAAUUCAGUUUCUUGCCAAUCACCCGACUAUGUACAUCCUGACAGUCAUACAUCAGUUGCACCUAUAAGAGAAAUAAGGAGUACCGCUGUCAUGCACUUAGAAGACCCGCGACUCUCAAGUAAAAAGUAUAAGAUAAUAACUGACUGUAAUAAAGAAGUUUUAACAACAGUUAAUGAGAGAAAUGUAGAAAUAACACCAGUUAAUAAAAAGCUGUGGGAUUUUAACCCCAUUCCUAUUCCCAAAGCAUUAAUUGAACCACCUUCAAGUUACAUAGAUAAUAUGACAAAAAGUUUUAACAUGGAUUAUUAUUCAAGUCUGAACAUGUUUGGUGGUUCAAAUGAAAUAUCAAAUAGAACCAAUGGAGAUUAUUAUUCGAGAAAUGAACCAGCUGAUAUAACACAAAGUAAUAACAGUAAAGAUGCCAUCACUAAUUCUACUGCAUCUAAGUAUAAAGAAAACCAGAGCAAAGAGGAAUCAAAGAGCAAUCAAGCAACAAUUGAAUCACACUCUGGUAAAGAUAAAACUGAUGUGACUUCCAAGAAUAUAAAAAGUGGAUAUAAAAUUCCGAAAAAACAAAAUAAUUCCGAAGUUUCUAUAAGUACUGACAAUGUUAGCAAUAACAAAAUAUCAAAUCAAGAUUCAAUAGAAAAAUGUUCUGUUCCUGGUCAGGAAAUGCCACAACCUGUUGAAUCUAUAUCAAAACAUAUUAAUGAUGUUAAAAGCAAUAAUAAUAGAGAUAAACAAAAAGAUGAAAGCAAGGAAAAAAGACUGACUGAUAAUGAAAAUGCUGAAAAGUUUAUUGAACAUAGGAAUCACGAAUUAGCUAUAUCAAGGAAAAUUGUGGAAUCUGAUCUGACGUUGAGCGACGAUACGAGCGAUAAUUUUGAACCACCGCUGACAAUAAUUGACACACAAAUUAAAUCUAAAUGUAAAAAAUAUAAAACGAAGGAAAGAUCUAAACACCACAAAGGUACCAUAGACACGAAAAAAUCUGAAAACCUACCACAUGCAAACAAUGCAGACGGUAAAGAAAAACAUCCAUCCGCACAGGAGAAAACUAAACAUAAAGAUGAAGGUUUAGAGCAUUCCAAAAAACAAAAAUAUAAAAAGAAACCACAAGAAGACAAAGAUGACGUUGACGAUUCUAAAACAAGUAAAAUAAAAAAGGCUAAGAAAGAGAAAGAAGCUAAAACAGAAAUAAAAACAAAGUUCAGCGAGCUUUUUGGAGACAGCAGUAGUUUAAUAACAUGCGACGAUCUGGGAGUGGUCCCGAGACAACCAGAACAACCUAAUUUUAGCACCAUUAUUGAAGAUACUCAAGACGCUGUCGAUAUUAAUAUAAAGGAGAUAGAACAACUUCAGGCAGCAAAACCACAAAAUGAUAAAAUUGAAGCCAUGGAAGAACAAGCUAACAAACAAACAGAGCCUUCGAAUAUAAUAGAUUCUGAUAACAAAAAAUGUGAUCUCAAAAUAAAUAUAAGAAAAACGGAGGACAAAUACACUAUAGUUAAUGAAGUUACAGAACCAGUUAAUAUGUUUAGUAAUAAUACAAACGUUGCAGUAUCUAAUAUACCUGAAACUAUUAUUAUAUCGACGGGAAAACAACAAAAUAAUGAUGUAGAAUUUAGACAACCAACAAAUGUGACCUGUGUUGAAAGACUGCAAUCUCAUCUAAGUCUGGGUCUAGCUCUGGCCACAUCUACUCCUGCGAAAACACAUGAUCAAUUGCAAAAGGAUACAGCUAUACAAUCUGAUUGUUCUAGUGUUAGUUCAUCUGAUGCUAUAACAGUCAAACCGCAGAUGAAAACUCAAACAUCUGACACAGAAUGUCAGGAGUCAGAUGUGCCCGAUGUCAGAAUAUUCGUGAAACGAAGAAGAAAAGCGAAAAAGUGACAAUGUUGUGUUAUAUAAAGUUAUUUUUAAG